AUGAACGAGCCGGAAGGAUUAAUGGCAUCGUGAGUGCCCAUAUCUAUCCAAGUCACAAGGGCUCAAUUAACUCUCAAAAAGCUUGGCACAUUACUUAAGCAGAAAAAUAGAAAACUUCUGACUCUUUCACGUAAAUUUACUGCAAGAAGUAGAGCUCGUAAUAGCAAGCAAGCCAAAAUGAUCAGGAAAUUGUAUAGUGAGAUAAAAGAUUUAUCAACUCAGAAAUCUGAGGUUUGAUCAAAUCUCGUCAAUAUCCUUCAUAAAGAGCUAGAAAGAGUUAAUAUUCAGACUAAAAAGAGGGAAAGCUAUCUGUCCAGAAAUAAUAUAAGGCCAUCUAAAGCCUUAGAGUACUUAAAAUCUGAUAAUAUGUCCAAAGAUUCACUCCGAACUGCAAGUGACUACUACUCUAGUAGAAGUAAGGGUUGAAGGAUAAAGCAAGGAGCUGAUUCUCAGUCAUGAGGAGAGACCUUAAUGACUAAUAGCGAGAGUGAUCCAAAAUCCGGAAUGAACUAUUUUAAGUCUCCCUCCAGAAUGGAUUCCUUAUCAAUUUUCGAAUCUUCUCCGAUGCUUAAAAGAGUUAAACUAUCUGAAGAAGAGGAAAAGGUUCUAAAGGAAGAGAAUUCAAAUCUUGGUGAAACUUCAACCCAUUCUUCAACAGGAGCAGGGCUGAGAAAAUCUAAGAGAAAGAGGAGGAAAUCCAAAAUUUUGAGGGAAGCUACUGGUGAAGACGAAAUUAUUCCGCCAAAGCUAUAUAAGCGAGUUCCUAAGCCCAAGAUAAAGAAUGAAAUCUGCAAAAUUCUUGAACUUGAUGAGGCAGCGAAAUAAGCAAGAAGAGCUGAUCUCUCGGAAUAAUAUGAGAAAUUAUUUGGUUGAGUCCAACCAUAAUUUCGGAACUAAAGAUCCUGAAGAAGUUUGCUUUUGCCAGACAAUUUCUUUCGGCGAUAUGGUUGCCUGAGAUAGUAAGAAUUGACCAAUUGAGUGGUUUCAUUUCGACUGUGUAGGUCUUACCUCAAUGACCUCCAAAGAUUGGUACUGACAAAUUUGAAGACAGGGAAGUAAUGAGUAAACAGAAACCUUGAAGCUGAUCCCUUGACUCUAUAAUUCCUAAAUCGAGUGUAAGUUAUCUCUGCAUGACUAGCUAUUGAUGAUCUAAGAUUCAUGUCUAUGAUAAUCUCUUAUUAUAAGUUUUACUAUUA